AUGAGUUUAAUGAAGAAGAGUGUAGUUGUCCAGUGCUCUGAUAAAGGAGUGGACAAGGUUCCUUUCGGCAUUCCCUACAAUGCUCGCUACAUCCUCCUGAUGAACAAUCACAUCGACAGCAUCCAGCUGGACCUGCUCUCCGAGUACCUCUUCAUGGAGUUCCUGGUGCUUAGCAACAACCGCUUGACGGACAGCUCUGUGGAGGGUUCCUUCGAGGGGAUUCAGAAGCUGAAACGUCUCUACCUGGAGCGGAACUUGCUCCAGAGCAUCCCGACGGACAUGCCGGCCUCAUUGGAGGAGCUAAGAUUGGAUGGGAACAACAUCAGCGUGAUGUCGGAGGCAGCGUGGGGCCGCUGCCCUGGCCUGCUCAUCCUCAGCCUGAACAACAACAGCCUGGGUAACGGAUCCGACUCUCUCUUCGCCGGGGUGCUCUCUCCGUUGGGCAACCUGCGGACGUUAAGCCUCAACCACAACCAGCUCCUGGCUGUGCCCUCCCAGCUCCCGCUCAGCCUCCGCGAACUCUAUCUCCGCGGCAACCUCAUCCAUAGUUUCCACAGUGAUGUCUUCAUGGGCGACUCAGAACUGCUGGUCCUGGACCUCAGUGCCAACCGGCUAAGCAACAAGGGUCUCGGCAAAGAUGCCUUACUCAACGCCAAUCGGUUAGAGAGCCUCAACCUGGAAGGGAAUCUUCUGAGGCAGGUCCCACGCCACCUUCCCCAGUCCCUCAAAACCCUCAACCUUGAAGGCAAUACCAUCGCUUCAGUGGGAAAAGCUGCCUUCAAACGGCUGCCCAACCUGGAGCACCUGGGUCUGGCACGGAACAAGAUCGUCAGGGUGGCAUUGGGCGCAUUCCGAAGCCUGCCCGUCCUCCACCAGCUCGACCUAUCCCACAAUGCCCUGAGGCAGGUACCCAGGCAGCUCCCGACAUCGCUCCACUUUGUGUGGAUUACCCACAACAAGAUCCGGUCGGUGCCACAGGACGCACUGUGUCCGGGCGGUGCCAGCGCGCCCCUUAGCCAGCUGGUGAGGGUCCAGCUGGAGCACAACCUGAUCGACAUGGGCAAGCUGAACACACGGGCCUUCUGGUGUCUCAGAGGGUACCAGGUGGUCCAUUUUGACUGA